UUUCCUACCAGUUCACUGGCUGUGGUUUUAGAUCUGUAAACACAAGGAACAUUUUAGGUAAAGGCUUAGUUGAGGUCACUUUGUUGUUGAGCUCUUGAGAAGAAUAAAAAAAAAAAAAACUGAACAAAAACCUAAUUAACAUUUUAUGUUUAUUUUACAAAUUGAUUGUUGUUCCAUAAGAGUUUUAGGAUUUUUGGGAGAAUUGUUCAGGUUCUUCCUUCUCCACAUUUAUCCAAAGUUACCCUUUUAUUUAAUCAACUUGAUGAAAAUCUGAGAAGAGAUGGGUCCUCGUACAGCAGAAAGUGCUUCUAAGAAUGAAAAAGCCACCACGAUUGGGAGCUGUGUCGGUCCAGCAAAACCUCGGCUAAGAAGCAGCAGCGAUGGAAACAUUUACACCAGAAGGGCAGGUGGCCGCAUUUCAUCCUCCUCCCUGACACUCUCCAACCCUAAAUCAGUCCUGAGAAGACCAGUGAGCACUGAGGAGCUCACAACGCCAGGAGGUCCCUACAUCAAGAAAACAUUCACAAUUGUGGGUGAUGCAGUGGGCUGGGGGUUUGUGGUGAGAGGAAGGCAGCCAUGUUACAUUCAGGCUGUUGAGCCAUUUGGUCCUGCUGCUGCUGCUGGGAUGAAGGUACGGCAGUUUGUGGUCUCUGUGAAUGGCCUCAAUGUUCUUGAUCUGGACUACCGGACAGUCAGCCACCUGAUCCUGACCGGACCCAGAACUGUAGUGAUGGAGGUGAUGGAGGAAACGGACCACUUAAGAGCAGAAAAAACCCAACUUACUCAGGAGUCAAACUAGAUAAUAGUUUUCAGAGGUUUCUGGUGAUGAUUUGUAUCCGUCCAAUCUUCACAUUCUGAAAUUGUCAUACUGUGGUUAGUAAAGGACCCAAUUUCAGAGACUGGCUGUUGCAAAAAUCGUUGAUUAAGGACUGGCUGUUCCAUAAUCGUGAACAAUAAGGGGAACUUACAGUGGAGAAUCACAGGCCGAGCAGGCUGUGGAGCACUGACAUUGUAACGGUAGAUUCCAGCAAAGGCCGAUGAAAAUCCAGGAGCUUAAAUACUGAGGCAGGGAUGGAAAAUGACAUUGAACCAGAUGAGCUAAUCAGAGGAGAUGUGGAACCAAUGUAGCAGAAUGAAAGCAGGAAAACUGAGGGAGGGAGAAUAAUUAAUACAAAGACAACAGAAUGAAGACACAAAGAAACUACUAACCAAGCAGAAACGCUUAACACUGCAGUGCAGUAAAUACUGGAUCCAGUAAGUUGCAAUAAUCAGUAAAUCAUUGUCCAGCAAGAAAAGGUGGCACAUAAAUGCAUAUAGAAGUCCAGUUUAAAGGUCUUACAGGAACAGAUUGGCCAUAUCAUCACUGACUACUAACCUGUUCAAAAACAAGAUUUUCUGAGUUUUAAACGUUAUUUAAAAGUAGAAAAGACCGAAAUCAACACAAAUAACUAAAAGACUCACAUGAAUGUGUGUCAUAAUUUAAGCCAGGAGCCCAAACAUUGUCAUUUACAGGCUGGGAAGUAGU